GUCAUCUUGUAAAUGACAGAGGCGCACUUGCGUGUUGGAGCGUGACUGUUGUGAAGGUUUCACUUUCAUUUAUAAGGAAAAAACAGUUUAAAGUAGCGAGGCAGGGGCAGAAGAUCAAAAUCGGAAACAUGGCCAGUGCAGAGCCCAUGGAUGUCGACAGACCUGACGACAUGAGUCAAGAUCAAGAUGAAGCACACAUUGUUCUCUCAAUAAAGUGGAUAAAGUCUGAUGAUGAGCUACAAAAAGGGAAGAGGCUAGAGACUCGUCUAGAAAAAAUGCUUCAGACUUGGUUUAACAAAUGCAAACAUAAGGUGGACUGCUCAGUGGAAAGGAUGUUAAAAGAUGGGUGUGUUGUGAUAAAGACUAAACCAGUUCCAGUCCUGACUGAGCUUCAGAAACUGAGUAAACAAACACUAACUGGGCGGGAUGGAAAUUCAGUCACCAUAACAUCCAUCAGUCUGACACUGCCAUCUCCAGAGCUCGAUACACAAGUACCAGAGGAUGCUUCAAUGAACCUUUCUGCAUCUGUGCCAGAUCCACAAAUUGAUCAAGUUCAACUGGGAAAGCAAAGUAAAGCAGGUUCAGCAGGUGGAGAACAGACAGGUGCUGCAGAGGAUGCUUCGACAAACCAUCCUCCAUUUGUGGCGGCUCCACAAACUGCGCACAUUCAACCAGGAAAGCAGAGUAGCAAAGGGUCUACAGCUGAAAAAGAUAGUGGCGUUUCCCCAAUGUCAGAGCCACAAAUGGACCAACUUCAGCUGGGGAAGCAGAGUAGCACAGUUUCUGCACGGGAAGAGAUGCACUGUUGUUCUGUCCCAGUGGGUCAUUUCUGGUAUGUGAACCACAUGUAUGAAGAGGAAAUGAAACUUAUAGAGAAAAAGAAAGGAGUUAAAAUCAAGGCAGAUGUGAAGGUGAGAUUUGAAGAAGACCAAAAACAUGGCAGACCAGACAAUGCUCUAGAGGAGUUUGCAAACCUUGUCCAGAAUAGCUUAGUUGAAUCCAGUGGCUCAGUUAUUCCUCUCAAGUUCAUAGAUUCAGAUCAGUGGGGCGACGCACUGAAAACCAUCCAGAAAAAAGAAAACAAGCUUUUGGUUACUCUGACCUCUGAAACAAUGACUGUACGUGGGCCAACACAUAGUCAAGAGGCCAUGAAAAAGUUCUUAAAUGCAGAUACAGAGCAGAAAAGAAACACAGAUGCUUCUCGGGAAGAGUAUAAAAGAGAGAUUCAAGACACAUCACUGAAGAUUGACAUGACUACCAAAGACCAUCUCAUGCAUACGGGACUAACGAUGGAGGAGAGCUACUGGAAGGUGAUGAUUACCUCUUACAGUGAGAAGGUAGCAAAGAUCAAAGAUAAGUUUAAUGUGGAACUGAAAGAAUCAGACAUUGGUCAAGGCAAAGUCCAUGUCAAAGCUGUAUACAAGAGAGAUGAAGGAAAUGCCUCCAUGGAGAGCCAUGCUAUGAGAGAGCUUUUUCAUUUAUAUCGGAAAACUGCCACAUCUCCCAUGAACUUCUCCCAGUCCAGUUCUGGAAUGUGGAGUUGGUCAUGGCCAUGGCUGUAAUCUCAGUCUACUGUUUAAUGUCUUGUGUUAUUUGCAUUCUUAAAGUGGAAUCUUUAUCUAUUUCAUAAUGUUACCACGAAUCUUUGUAUUGUUUCUCUGAAACCUUUGCAAAAGAUCAGGCUGAAUAAUGUUUGCUGAAAAAUGGAAACACAAAAUAAAAAAAUGUUUUCAUGUU